CGCCAUGCAGAGCUCUGGCUCCAACGUACCUCCGCCCAAGCGCUAUGAUGGACGCGACGGAGGUCCUGUCUAUGAUGCCAGCCAUGGUGGUCACUAUGGCGCCAGUUCCUAUAUCGCAUCGCAGGGUAGCGCCCCUCCACCAGAGACAUUCACCGGACAGUGGUCGAACGUGAGUCGGGACAUACAAGACUCCUAUGCCACUUGCACUGACACUCCUGGCUCCACAGNNGUAUCCCAAGGACUUUCCGGCAACUACAGAGACAUUCUCAACACAUACUGGCAAAACCAAGUCACCAAGCUCGAGACGGACGAGCAUGACUACAAGAUUCACCAACUACCACUGGCUCGCAUCANNAAAAAAGUCAUGAAGGCCGACCCCGAAGUCAAAAUGAUCUCAGCCGAAGCACCCAUCCUGUUCGCCAAGGGCUGUGACAUAUUCAUAACAGAGCUGACUAUGCGCGCAUGGAUCCACGCAGAGGAGAACAAGAGACGCACCUUGCAACGUAGUGAUAUUGCAAGCGCCCUGGCCAAGAGCGACAUGUUUGAUUUCCUCAUCGACAUCGUGCCUCGCGAAGAUGCCACCCCUCAACACAAACGCAGACAGGACUUCCCGCCGGGCAGCUUCCCAGUUUCGGACGCGCAGAUAGCAACUGCUGGACCUUCGAUGCAGGCUCCACCCGCGGCAGCACAGCUUCAGAGCCAGGAACAGGGACAGCAACACAUGCAGCCGACAGACUAUUCUGCCAUGGGCCAGCACGUGGCACAAGAGCCGUACCAGACGCAGCAGGGCAUGUACCCGCCUCCUGCACCCUCGGCCGGCUAUGCGCAGCCACACAGCUUUGACCCUAACAUGUAUGCUGGUGGCUACAGCAUUAUGCAACAGACGCGUUUAGNNCAAAUGUACCCUCCACAAGGCCCUAGAAUGGCGGAUCCUUCAAUGACCGCUAACGACGGCCAACACCAUUAUCGUGCACCUGAAGACGAUGCCGAGGGCGAGAGGGACCAGUACGAAGUA